GUCUGUUAGCCCCGACGGACCUGAGCUUAUAAAUUCCCUUGAUAUUGCAUCGUUCUUAUUUCAAGCAUUGCCAUCUUGCGACGGACCUCCACAAGUGCACCUCGACUUGAACAGUACCCAUCUCAAGAACCCUCAAUUGGAAUCAACAGGCUCCCGCCCAUACAAUCAACAUGGCCAGCGAAGCUAAGCCAAAGAUGCAAUACACCCGCCUGGGAAAGUCGGGCUUGAAGAUCUCCAAGGUUAUCUUUGGCUGCAUGUCCAUCGGGAGCUCUGAAUGGCAGGACUGGGUUAUCGACGAGGAUAAAGCUCUGCCCCUCCUGAAGCAUGCAUACGAUGUCGGGUUGAACACUUGGGACACCGCAGACAUAUACUCGCACGGCAAAUCCGAGGAGAUUGUUGGAAAGGCCCUCAAGAAGUACAACAUUCCCCGAAACAAGGUGGUUAUUCUGACCAAAUGUUAUUUUGGUGUCAGCCAGGACGGGAAGCAGCUUCCAAUUGCCGAAGCCAGCGUUAAUGAUGGAGAUAUGGUCAAUCAGGUUGGAUUGAGCAGGAAGCACAUUCUCGAUGCAGUGGACCAGAGUGUUGCCAGGUUGGGCACAUAUAUCGAUGUCCUGCAAAUCCAUAGAUUGGAUCGUGACACCUCCAGAGAGGAAAUUAUGCGAGCCUUGAACGAUGUCGUGGAGAGUGGAAAGGUUCGGUACAUUGGUGCUAGCAGUAUGGCUGCCUGGGAGUUCCAAACCCUACAGAACAUUGCGGAAAAGCAUGGCUGGCAUAAGUUUAUCUCCAUGCAGAACUACUACAACCUGAUCUACCGUGAAGAAGAACGCGAAAUGAUCCCAUACUGCCGAGACACCGGGGUUGGCCUCAUUCCAUGGUCUCCAAUUGCCCGUGGAGCCCUUGCCCGACCUUUCGAUGACCGUACCACUACCCGCGAAAAGACGGACAGGAUGCUGAACAACAUGAUCCGAGGGAAAGAGACACAGAUUGAUAAGACUGUAAUUGGCAGAGUUGAAGAGAUCGCCAAGAAGCACGGUGUCUCAAUGACAACAAUUGCCACCGCAUGGUGCUUGAGCAAGGAAUCAGUCAACCCAAUUGUCGGAUUGAGUAGCAAGGAGAGAAUUGACCAAGCAGUGGAGAGUGUGCAUUUUGCGAGCUCAGGCAAGUUGACAGCGGAGGAUAUUGCCUACCUGGAGGAGGCCUACGCACCGAAAGUGAUACAGGGCUACUAAAAGGUAGAAGUAGCACAAAUACUGGCCUGCGACCCUCAGGGAGGGUCUACCAAAAAGCACGUUUUGUUUACUUGAGAUGAAUGGCACUUGAUUCAGCGCUUGGAAGAUGAUUUUCAAGAUUUGAAGCGCCUUCCGCAUUUGCAUGCUGCGUGUUUUCCCCUGCUGCUUGUAUGUUAUUUCCCAAC